GUGCGCUUUGUUGGUGGCGACCCCGCGGUGGUUGCGGAGAUUUGACUGCUGCAAGGCAUGGCCCAUUUCUCCAGCGAGGAUGAGGUGAUGCUGCAGGCGAUGCUCCGGCAGCUGUUCCAGAGCGUGAAGGAGAAAAUCACCGGAGCUCCCUCCUUGGAGUGCGCAGAGGAGAUCCUCUUGCGGCUGGAGGAGACUGACGAAAAUUUUCACAACUAUGAAUUUGUGAAAUACCUCAGACAGCACAUAUGUAACAUGUUGGGGUCUAUGAUUGAAGAAGAAAUGGAAAAAUGCACAUCUGAUCAGAAUCAGGGGGAGGAUUCUGGCUAUGACACGGUUGUUCAGCAUGUUACCAAAAGAACGCAGGAAUCUAAAGAGUAUAAGGAAAUGAUGCAUUCCCUGAAGAACAUUAUGAUGGUGGUGGUCGAGGCGAUGAUCAACAAGUUUGAGGAAGACGAGACACGGAGUGAGGACAGGCAGAGGAAAAUGCAGAGUGGCAGCUGCUGCACAGACAACUGCUCCGACAGUGACUCCUCCUUCAAUCAGAGUUACAAAUUCUGUCAAGGGAAACUACGGUUGAUUUUAGACCAGUUGGAUCCUGGCCAACCUAAAGAGGUGAGAUAUGAAGCUUUACAAACAUUGUGCUCAGCUCCCCCAUCCGACGUCCUGAGCUGUGAGAACUGGACCACUCUCUGUGAAAAGCUGACCACAUCUCUGUCUGAUCCAGAUCCUAUGUUCACUGACCGGAUUUUAAAGUUCUACGCACAGACUUUUACCCUCUCACCGUUACAUAUGACCAAGGAGAUUUAUACAAGCUUAGCUAAAUAUCUGGAGGUAUAUUUUCUUUCUAGAGAAAAUCACCUUCCUACUCUUUCAACUGGAGUAGACAUAACCAGUCCCAAUGUGACCCGCUUACUGAAAAAGGUUCGCCUUCUGAAUGAGUACCAGAAAGAGGCUCCAUCUUUUUGGAUUCGUCACCCAGAGAAGUAUAUGGAGGAAAUUGUGGAGAGUACUCUGUCCUUGCUCUCAGUCAAACACGAGCAAAGCCACCUGGUGCCACAGAAGAUUUUGGAUCCCAUCUAUUUUUUCGCAUUAGUUGAUACUAAGGCUGUGUGGUUCAAAAAGUGGAUGCAUGCAUAUUACAGCAGAACUGCAGUACUGAGACUUCUUGAAAAGAAAUAUAAAUGUCUGAUAACUACAGCAGUUCAGCAAUGUGUUCAGUACUUGGAGUUAUGUGAAGCUAUGAAAGCUGAUGAAAUUCUGAGACAUCCAAAACAUUGUGGAACCAAGCAAAAGAGUUUCUACUAUUCAGGACAAGAAUUGCAAUAUAUUUAUUUCAUUCACUCACUGUGCCUUUUAGGAAGAUUGUUGAUCUAUACACAGGGCAGGAAAUUAUUCCCCAUAAAGCUGAAGAAUAGAAAAGAUUCAGUAUCCCUGACAAAUCUGCUGGUUUUGUUUACUCAACUUAUCUAUUAUUCACCAAGUUGUCCAAAGAUGACCUCCAUCAUGUGUUCAGAGAACUAUUCUCCUGCAAGUAUGGUGACUGACGUUCUGCGGAUGCUCUGCGACCAGAAAGAAUGUGCAGUCGAGUGCUUAUACAACAGCACAGUGACAGAGGCGCUUCUCCUGCCCAUUCAUAACCUGACGAAAGGAACUGCGGCUGCUCCAGAUUGCUCUGAGACAGCUCUAAUUCAUAUAGCUGAUAUUUUGGCAAGAAUCGCUUCUGUCGAGGAAGGACUCAUCUUACUUCUGUAUGGAGAAAAUAUGAACUCUUCUGAAGAAGAAAGUCUUACAGGUGCUCAUAUAAUAGCCAAGUUUUCAAAGAAACUUCUUGAAGAAGAUAUUUCUAUUUUUUCUGGAUCGGAAAUGUUGCCUGUAGUUAAAGGAGCUUUUAUUUCUGUGUGUCGUCAGAUCUACGGUACCUGCGAAGGCUUACAGGUGUUGCUUCCUUAUGGUUUACAUGAAUCCAUAGCAAAGGCAUGGAAGAAGACAAGCUUGCUAUCAGAAAGGAUCCCCACUCCAGUAGAGGGCUCUGAUUCUGUUUCCUCAGUGAGCCAGGUGUCUCCGAACAGUGUGGCUUGGGAAGACAAUUUGUUGGAUGAUUUACUGAAUUUUGCAGCCACCCCCAAAGGACUGCUGCUUCUUCAGAGAACAGGCGCCAUCAAUGAAUGUGUGACGUUUAUGCUCAGCCAGUAUGCAAAAAAGCCACAGGUCAACAGGCAGAAGAAGUUUGGCUAUGAAGUCUUGGUUGUACAGGUGGCAUCGACAGCAGCAGGUGCAGUGGCUCUACAGAAUUCAGGCUUUAUUAGUGCACUUAUAACUGAGUUAUGGUCCAACCUUGAAUGUGGAAGAGAUGAUGUAAGGCUAACUCAUCCCAGAGCUACCCCAGUGGACCCAAUUGACCGAAGCUGUCAGAAGUCCUUCCUUGCACUGGUGAACCUGCUGUCCUACCCUGCUGUGUAUGAGCUAACAGCCAAUCAGGAGCUUCCUAAUAAGGCAGAGUAUUCUCUUCGUGAAGUUCCCACAUGCAUCAUCGAUAUAAUGGAUAGGCUUAUUGUUUUGAACUCUGAAGCCAAGAUCCGGUCUUUACUGAAUUAUGAACAGUCGCACACCUUUGGUCUAAGGUUACUAAGUGUGGUGUGCUGUGAUCUGGAUGCGCUUCUCUUACUGGAGGCUCAGUAUCAAGUAUCUAACAUGUUAUUACAUGCUCAAGAAGAAAAUACCUUUGAGAUCUCUGAGAACCACAGGAACUUUAUAAUUGAUGGAUUAUCAGUAGAGAGAAAUCAUGUUCUCGUAAGGAUUAAUCUUAUUGGUGGUCCUUCAGAGCGGAUAUUGCCUCCAAGGAUGCUUGAGAAGGGGGAUGACCCAUAUCCUUGGCCAAUGUUUUCUUCAUAUCCAUUGCCACACUGCUAUCAGUCAGAAGGUCCACGAAGUGCUGAUCUAAAACAAGACAAUGAUAUUGGAAACCUGUUAUCAUGCUUCAAAAUGUCCGAUAAACAAACAGAGUGGAUAGAGAACUGCCGAAGACAGUUUUGUAAAACAAUGAAGUCCAAGCCUGAUGCAGUCCAUGGAAGUGCCUUAGGAGAACUACUGGAAAAAUUUGUGCUGCUUCUCACCGAAAACCCAUCUGAAUGUUACUUCCCUUCAGUGGAAUACACAGCUACUGAUGCAAAUGUGAAGAAUGAAAGUCUCUCAUCUGUGCAGCAGCUUGGCAUGAAAAUGACUGUCAGGUAUGGGAGGUUUCUCAAUUUGUUAAAAGAUGGUGCAGAAAAUGAGCUUGCUUUGGUCUUAAAGCAUUGUGAGAAAUUCCUGAAACAACAGCAGUCACCGGUCACUUCUUCUCUCCUGUGCCUGCAAGGGAACUACGCAGGCCAUGACUGGUUUGUGUCUUCUCUGUUCAUGAUAAUGCUGGGAGACAAAGGGAAGACCUUCCACUUUCUCCAGCAUUUCUCCAGGCUGCUGACCUCUGCCUUCCUUUGGGUGCCACGGCUGCAUAAUUCUAGGUACCUUCCUGUCGACACCCUAGGGACCGGCAUCCAUCCCAUCUACUUUUGCAGUGCUCACUACAUUGAAAUGCUGCUGAAGGCUGAGGUGCCGCUUGUGUUUUCGGCUUUCCACAUGUCUGGUUUUGCUCCAUCCCAGAUUUGCCUGCAGUGGAUAACUCAGUGUUUUUGGAAUUACUUAGAUUGGAUAGAAAUAUGCCACUAUAUUGCUACUUGUGUUGUCCUUGGUCCUGAUUAUCAAGUGUAUGUCUGCAUAGCCGUUCUCAAACAUCUGCAGCGAGAUAUUCUCCAGCAUACCCAGACUCAAGAUCUGCAAGUCUUUCUCAAAGAAGAAGCACUGCAUGGGUUUCGAGUGAGCAACUAUUUUGAAUACAUGGAGAAUUUGGAGCAAAACUACCGACCAGUGCUGCUGCGAGACAUGCGCAGCAUCAGAGUGCAGAACACAUAGAUCAGGAGAAGCACACUCCCAUUUUAUGUCCUAUUCAUUUGUAAAGGAGACAAAGCAACUUGAUGGUGUUCUGUCUACAUCUGUAAGAUCCUUUGUGCGUCCACGCACUGUAAAUCAGCACUGUGGGGUUGGGAACAGAAUAUAUUCAUCUUGUUGUUUGCUCAGUGUGUGGAACGAAGUGAGGUCAUUUGUGAAGUCCCUUGUUCUUUAAAUGUUUAGAAUCUGCUCUAGGUUAUACUUUUUAUUUUAUGUUUGGCUUACAAAGGGAUCAAAGACAUUAAUGUAAAACCUAAAUAUUUGAAACUACUAGAAGAAACACUCUUGAAAAAUAUGAACAUAGCCAAUGGCUUCUGAGUGAGAUCCCAAUAGCUGAGGAAAUAAAAGCAGGCAUAGAUAGAUUGUACAACAUACGUGUGAAAUAAAAGAAAGGGAAGCUAGGGUAUAAACCAUGUAAAAUCCUCGCCAAUUAUUCAACCAAUGAAGGAAUAAGAUUUAGAACAUGUGUUGAACUUAAUUACUAAAUAGUAAAAGACCAAAAAGACUCCAGUCAAAUGGGCAAAGAAAGGAGCAGGCCCUUCACACGAUGAAGUAGCCAUUGUAAACAAGCACAUGAAGCGAGGCUCUCUGCCGUUACCCACCUGGAGACUGCUCAUCCAAACUACUUCACUUCAUCAAGCAAACCAAUGCCAGUCAGAACUGGUGGGAGAAGAGGCUUAGAAGUUACUAGUGGCUAUGUGUAUUCAUCUAGCUACUAUGGGAAUCGGUGUGGAGGAGCCUCAAAAAGCUAAAACUUGACCUAGCCAUACAACUUACAUGACAUAAAUAAAUACAUAAAUAUCAGGUGGCAGUGGAUAUUUCUGCACAUCUUUGUUUUUCAUGACACUACUCACAAUAGCCAGGUUAUGGAAUAUGCCAAAGUAUUCAUGGUGCGUGAACACAAUAGGGAUUUACCCAGCCACAAAGAAUGAAAUUAAGCAUUUGCAGGAAAUUGGGAUCAGAGAUCAUGUUAGGUAAUAAAAGGCAGACACCUAAAGACAUGUACACAUGUUUUAUCUCCUUUGUGGAUGCUGUGGGAGGGGUAGUAAUAUAAAAGAAUUAGCAGUGGGAAAGAUACAGGGAUUAUAUGAAUGUAGUGGAGGUCUGAGGACCACAGACGUGGCUCAGUGGAUAAAGGCACUUGCCUCCAAGCCUGACAACUUGGUGUCAUUCCCUCAAAUCCGUGUGGUCAAAAAGGAGAACUGACUCUCAAGAGCUGACCUCUGACCUCCAGAUGCACAUGGUAGACGUGCCUGGAACCGUGAAGUAAAAUGUUUCUAAAAAUAGAAGUAAUGUGAGACACAGAAUCAAAGAAUAUUACAUGUGUGUUGGGAAUGUUAUGAAACCCUUUAUACAAUUAAUACAAGUUUUAAAUUAAAUGUCCCAGCACCUGUGUCAUUUCUAUUGUGGUAAUAUUUUUUCCUAAUGAUCUUGGGAAGAAGCAAUAUUUUUGGAAGGAGCAAGGAAGGAAGGAAGGGAGGAAGGAAGGAAGGAAAGAAGGGAAAGGGGGAGAAGGGACAAAAACCAGAGUACUAGAAAGAGUCUAUAGAGAUGGAACAAAAGCCUUCAUUUGUGUGUCUGUGCUGAAGGAAGAACACAGACAACAGCAUGGUUGCUUAUUUCUCCCAUGGAGAAACAAAGGAUCCUACUGGAACAUUGUCCUCACACCUGAUGGUCUUUCUAAGAGGCACUUUUAAUAUUGCUAUCACUUUCUGUUUUUUGUUUUUUUCACUUGAAAUAUAAAACUCAGCAUGGUUCAUUUAGAAGACGGAUUGACUCCCUUGUGUUGAUAAGCAUUCUGCUAUUAUUUUUUGGCAUUUCUUGGUGAUAGAUUUGAUCUGCACUGAACUUGAAAACAUUAAAAAGAAUAGAUUUUUAAAUUGAAAUGAUUCACACUAUGUUUUAUUUAAACAGAACUCUCUGUGUGUGCCCAUAAGAUUAACCUGGAAGGGCCUGUUUUUUCUUUUUUCUUCUUAUUUUGAGUAACUGUCCAUUUACUGUUUAAAAGCCAAUACCCAACAAGCUAUUAAUUUACCAAUUUCAGUUUUUAAAAAAAUCACAUGGGUUAUUAUGUAUUCUUAGCUUAUAUAACCAUACAUUUUAAACUAAUACUACUUUUUUCUUUCUUCUACCAAAAUGGACCAUGCCCAAUUUUAUUUUUGUCAGCAUGUGAGGCAACUGGUUCUGUAAAGAUUUAAAUUUAGGGACAUUUAGGCAUUUGAAGAAUGUUUCUUCCCAAAUAAGUUUUUGUACUGUCCAUGCCACCAUUUCCAGUAAUGGUGUUGUUAGAGGGCAUUGUAAAUUGGAGGAAGGUAGAUCGAACAAGUUAACUAGAUUCAGUGCACAUUGGCUCCUGCUGAGUGAGUGAAGUGGGCAAUGGCCCUAACAAGUUCGCUGUCUGCAGAGUACCUCUGUGGAGCCAGAGUACAUGCUGAAGGUUCCAACGCCCUGUACUCCAGAGUGAUGCCCUUAGUGCUUAGAAGCCAGAACUUUUUCUCAUCGGAAAGCUCUAAAGAGAGAAACACAUCAUUGGCGACAGAUGGCUUUCGUUGGAAAUUCAGGAAAUAUCUAUAUUAUGACAAUUACAUCUUGCAAAAAGUGAUGUCAUCUGGUUCUGAUUUUCCUUUGAUAAAUUAGAAACUAGACAUGGUGGUUCACAUUGGUGAUCCCAAUGCUCCCGAAACAGAAGCAGUCCAUCAAUGCAAUGUACAGGCCAAGUAGGACUUCAUAGUAAAGCCCUAUCUCAAAAAAGGAAAGUAAGUACAAAUAAUAAAUUAGUAAGUAAAAAUGAACUAAAGUAAUAAGAGUGGGCAAGAUGUCUCAACAGAUAAAGAUGUCUAGUGUCAAACCUAGGAGCUAGAGUUUGAUGCCUAUCACCUACACAGUAGCAGAACAACACCUAGUUGCCCCUCACCCUCCACAACAGUCCUCAACCAAAGACAAUGUAAUAUUUAAAAAAUAAAAUAAAAAUCAAGAAACAAAAAACAAUCAAAACGUAAAAAUAAAUAAUAAAUGUCUUAGGAAGAAUGACUUACAUUGGUUUCAUGGAAGUAAACAUAAAACAGAGUUUGUGCAGCUACCCUUGUAAUUUGUGAUUCCAUUUAUUUUGAGAAUAAUGGCCUUAAAGAAUACUUUCCUGCCUCUAUUGUGUAAUUAAAGAGUCUGGACUCUUAGAACAGACUUUGUCUCUUAUUUGUGAAGAUCUAGUUCAUAUGUUUUACAGAAUUUAAUGAUAAAUAAAAUUUUAUGAUAUAAA